AUGUAUCCAACGGCCGUCAUCAACGCCUUCCUGGCCGUCUGUGUCGCUUCCGCGGCAGCCGUGCCAGCCAAGGGACUCGCCAUUGAGACCGUCUCUGUUCGCAAAUUUGUCGGUAAACUCAUUUCCACCAAGGUCGAAUCCACGGUCAGCAUCGACUUCCUGCUCGACACCAAGGAAGCCAAGGGCAUCAAGUGCUCCGCAAGGAAUGGCGUGCUCAACAACGACACCGGCAUCUAUCGCUGCGGCAAAUCCAAAUACUUCUUUGAGUUCCGCAACACCGUUGAUGAACUCUCCUUCAUGGUCCGAAUCCGCCAUGAGAAGGCUCCUGGAAAUGUUCUUUGGGGGGGGGAUCAGGUCCCGACGAGGAGAUGCGAAGUGGUGAAGCAGUCUCAGAAGGAUAUUGAAGUGCUUGAAUGCCCCCAGAAUGACCGUCUGACAUUCACCAUCGACAACAAAUUCCCCCCUCCGUGA